CAAUGUCCAGUAGCACUGAACAUUUAUUUGAAUGAUAACUAGUGGACAUUGAAUAGUGGUACUGCAUUGAGAAAAUAAAAGUAUAUGGUACUACAUUAAGAAAGCCACUAUGUUUUAUUACAGGACGGAGAAUGCAAGUGGUUGGGUCUCCCGGCGGCGGGGAGUACGAUCGUCCUCUCAGGUUUCUAUUAGUAAAGGUGAUGAUGGGUAGUGGUUUUCCGGCGGAAGCCGGAGAGGUGGCGGUGAAGUUGGUGGUGGAACCCCCCGGGGCGGCGGCGGAGGUCAAAACGGGUGAACUGAAUAAGAAAAAAGAAAAAGCCGAGGUGACGGUGUACUUCUCGGAGGAGGAGGUAGACGGCGGCGGGGCGAGGGAAGUCGAGAUUUCCCUGAAAGGCGGCGGCGAGGACAAGACGUCCCUGGGGAAAACGAGACUCGUCGUUCCCUCAGAUCGGACGCUGCUGGACUACCCCGCCCUCUCCUGUUGUUCCUUCACCAACGAGGAGAAGGAGGAGUUAGAAGCGGUUGUUUGGUGGGCGGGGAAAGAUAACCCCGAGUUCCGCUUGGUGGUUAAAGCGGGGCCGAAAAUGCACGCCCUCCCGAAUUUGGUGUACUACAACCUCCAGAUGAUGUGGCUCAGCAACCUCAACCCCACCCUCCUCCCCGAGCGCUCUUUGUACAGGGUGAAAGCCACCAUCGGAGCACAAUCGUCGGCCACCCCGGAGUUAUUCAACUCUUUACCGAGCCCCAGAAGUGCACCCUUGAACUCCCUAGUCUGGUUCGUUAAGGUUUACAACGAAAGCCCACCGCUAGGCGAACUCAAACUCGAGCUGCAUAUGGCUCUAGCCGAUUCCUACAUGAAGCCGUGUGGGGAAUACAAAGUGGUCGCCAGCGGCGUACAAAAGCUGGAGGAGGUGUAUAAGAAGAAGGAGGAAGGAGUGGCUGUCGGGCUGAAGAAGCCCAAGUCCGGCGGCGGCGGGGAGGACGGCGAGGGGAAAAAGGAGAGUGAGGUCGGGGAGGUGAGGGUUGCGAUGGGAGGCGAGGCACAUCAUUGCCACGUGUUCGAGGAGGAGCCGGAUAAAUGUAGCGACCUCCGAGCGCCUGCUCAUAACAACAGACUGCCGGCGAUCGGGUACCUGGAGGUUGAAGUAAAGGGCGCUACAAUAGUCAGGCCGACGAAGGUCGUCCGCGGUGGCAAAGCCACGGCGGACACGUACUGCCUGGUCAAGUGCGGCCGCAAGUUGUACCGGACGCGGACCGACUUUGGGAGCCUCAACCCGGUUUUCCGAGAGACGUGCGGUUGUGACGUGUUCGACACGCACACCGUUUUCUCAGUCGCCCUCUUCGACAACCGCCAGGGGGGCGGCUCCGGGGGCCAAAAAGAGUCGAAAGAGAAUGAUCAGAAAGAGAAAGUGAAAGAGGUCGCGGACGUGUACAUGGGGAGGGUGGUGAUCCGCAUCUCCACCCUCUUCCCAUCGCUCCCCGCCUUCAGGACCGAAAACAAAUACCUCUCCGAGUUCCCGCUCUAUCUUAUCCAACCUAACCCCCCGGACCGUUGUAACGUGAAGCUCAUGGCCUACCUCACUCUCUCAUAUAGCUUUACCUUAUACACUUCUUCUUCCAAGCAUUUUCUCCUCAUGCUCUUCCGCUCCCCACUCCCGCCAAUACCACCCGAGGCGGAGAUCCUCAGGCUCCGCCGCAGUGCGGUCGCCUUAGUGGCGGAACAUCUGUCGAAAAAUGACCCGCCGCUCGGGAAGGCGGUCGUGGAGGACAUGCACGGGGACUACGAACCCAGCUUCAGCUACCGCCGGUACGAAACCCACCGGAGGCGCCUCCUGAGGGCCGCGUCCGGGUUCUUCUUUCUCCGAGACUCCGUCAUGAGGGCCGUCACCUUCGUGAUUCCGGCAAGGUCCAUCUGCUUCUUCUCCCUCCUCUUCAUCCUUCUCAACUUCUUCCCCCACCUCAUUCCCCACAUCAUUAUUUUCUCCUUCUUCGUCCCUGGGCUCGUUAACUUGUUCCGUUACCCCAAGCAACCGCCCAAAAUCAACCCACUGCUCCUGGAUGUGGCUCAGAAUGUAAGUCCAACUUGUAUUGACGAGGAGGCGGACACGACCCCGAGCAGCCGGCCGCCGGAGGCGAUAAAGUUCAGACACGAAGAGCUGAGCAAAGUGGUCCGGGGAGCCGAGAAAAGCAUCGGCCGCGUGGCGACAAGUGUCGUAAAGGCGAGGGCGUUACUGUGGUGGUGGGACCCACGCGCCUCGGGCGUCUUUGUCGCCUUCUGUGUCGCGGCCGCGGCGGCGUCGUAUCUCACCGGUCCGUUGGUUUCUUGCGGUCUCGCCGCCGUCGUCUUUGUGCCCUUGCAUGUCCUCGAGAUCAGGAGAAGGAUCCCUUCUCCGCUCUCCUGCUUCAUGGGCCGCCUCCUCAAUGCCAAUCCACGCAUACUAUAAUCACACCAAGGAUGACACCAAGGUUUACAUCAAGUCAAUUUUAAUUUCAACUUACUUUGUAUUACCUCGUUACGUUUAAGCUUUUUUUGAAGGAACAUUAUUUUUUUGAAAUAUUUGCACUAAAUAACAUUAAAAUUUGAAUAAUUUC